AUGUUGGCUACUGGAACGAAUAUUAUGCACCCAAGCUUUUCCACCGCCUCCCUGUAUGUAGGGGAUCUGAAUGAGGAUGUGACGGAGGCAGUUCUUUACGAAAUUUUCAACACAGUUGGACAUGUGUCAUCCAUUAGAGUAUGUCGAGAUAGCGUAACAAGAAAAUCACUGGGUUACGCAUAUGUGAAUUACCAUAACUUAGCAGAUGCAGAAAGAGCACUGGACACGUUAAACUAUACAAAUAUAAAAGGACAGCCAGCAAGACUCAUGUGGAGUCAUAGAGACCCAUCGUUGAGAAAAAGUGGUGCAGGUAAUAUUUUCGUGAAGAACCUUGACAAGUCUAUAGAUAAUAAGGCUCUAUUUGAUACGUUCAGUAUGUUCGGAAAUAUUUUGUCGUGUAAGGUUGCCACGGACGAAUUUGGAAAGAGCAAAAGUUAUGGAUUUGUUCAUUAUGAAGAUGAGGAGAGUGCAAAGGAAGCCAUCGAAAAGGUAAAUGGAAUUCAGUUAGGAUCGAAAAAUGUAUACGUGGGCCAUUUUAUUAAAAGGUCGGAAAGGGCUACGAACGAUACCAAGUUCACCAACCUGUAUGUGAAGAAUUUUCCAGACAGUGUUACUGAGGCACACUUGAAACAACUGUUCAGUCCAUAUGGAGAAAUUACAUCCAUGAUUGUGAAAACGGACAAUAAGAAUAGAAAGUUUUGUUUUAUCAAUUAUGCUGAUUCUGAAAGUGCAAAAAAUGCUAUGGAAAAUCUGAAUGGAAAGAAAAUCACCGACGAUGGUCAAAUAGACCAUACGUACGAUGCGAAAAAGGAAGAAGCGGAGAAUGCAAAUGCAAACAACGGGACCAACAAUGGUAUUGCCACAGGUGCAGAUGCUAAUGGCGUAGAAGGAGAAGUCGGUAAAGGAACAACAGUCGAUGGAAAGGGAGACAACAAAGUUUCUACUGCUGGAGAUACAGGAAAAAGUGGAGAAGAAACUGAAGGAGGAGCCAACACCACUGGGGCAACCUCUGAAUCAGUGAAAGGGAAUGAAGGUAACAAGGUCGAAUCUGAUGAUAAGGCUAAUGAAACAUCAGGGGUCACUUCGACAGACGGAGCUUCCAACGUGAAGGAAGACGGAGCAAGUUCUAUCGCAGCCAAUGCAGCCGCACAGGGAGAAAGCACAAAUGGAAUUAAUAAAAAGGAUAGUGGUUCGGAGAGCGCAGACAGUCCUAAUAUCCUAUACGUAGGACCUCAUCAGUCGAGAGCCAGAAGACAUGCCAUUCUGAAGGCGAAAUUUGAUAACCUGAACAUGGAAAGUAAAAACAAACACCAGGGUGUAAAUCUGUAUAUAAAAAACUUGGACGAUGCGAUUGACGACCAAACAUUGAAAGAACUCUUUGAACCAUAUGGAACAAUCACAUCCGCGAAGGUUAUGAGAGACGACAAGGAACAGAGCAAAGGGUUCGGAUUUGUCUGCUUCGCUCAACAAGAAGAAGCAAACAAAGCAGUUACGGAAAUGCACCUGAAAAUUAUUAACGGAAAACCCUUGUACGUUGGUUUAGCAGAAAAGAGAGAGCAAAGAUUAUCUCGACUACAACAACGAUUCCGCAUGCACCCCAUAAGGCACCACAUGAAUAAUGCACUAAAUUCUCCUAUGCAGUACCCCAAUCCGCAGUCCCCACAGUUGCAGUUUAAUCAGAACACAUUAAAUUAUGGAAGACCAGUGUUAACUCCAUUUAAUCAGAAUAACCUUAUUUCCUGGAGACAUCAGCAAGCCGCACAACAGCAAGUUGUUCAUCAGCAGGCAGCCCAACAGCAACUAAAUUUCAAUGCAAAUUUAAGAGGGCAAAUGAACCAAAUGAGAUUCUACACACAAGGAGGAGCGAACAUGAUGAACAACAGUAUGAAUCAGAAUAAGGUGAACGCCCAACUGCAUCCAGGACACCAAUAUCCCAAUGCAUUAGGACAAGGAAAUCCACAACAACCAAAUUUAAGUGCACCAGGACAACACAACAACAACCAAGCUAUGCAACAACAACCAGCGAACAACCAAAUGCUGAACAACAAUAUGAGGAAUAUGAACAACAGAGCGAGUAGAAAUAUGGGAGCAGGAAAUAUAGCGAAUAUUCCAAACCAGAAGCAGCUACCCAUUAACAUGGUAGGUAAACAGAACACUUCACAAGGCAGUCAGAUGAAUCAUCAGGGACCACCUCCACCACAACAACAACAGGGACAAGGAUCACCACAACAACAACAGACACAACAGAAAUCACCUCAACAGAUGCAACAACAGGUACCUCCAAAUGGAAACUUUAAAUUCACAUCACAAGCAAGAAACCGUAUGGAAAUGCCAAACAAGAAUGCAAAUAAAGUAAAUGCAAUUAAUAACAUGAACGUGAAUUUUAACAACAGCUCUACUUUAACCGCUGCAGCAUUGGCCUCUGCACCUCCUUCCAUGCAGAAACAAGUUUUGGGUGAAAAUUUAUUUCCGCUGGUUGCGAACUACCACCCAACCUUAGCUGGAAAAAUCACUGGAAUGAUGUUGGAAAUGGACAACUCCGAGCUCCUUAUUUUGCUGGAAAAUGAGGAGCAGCUGAAGAAGAAAAUUGACGAGGCUCUUGUCGUGCUGCAGAAAGCCAAGUAG